AGGAACUGGAGACAAGAUGAUUUUCGGGAGAGGAACUCCGCUCAGAGUCGACUCCGAUGAGAAUCUCGAGCCGUCCGUCUUCAAACUGUCAGGGACAAAAACCACGGCAUGCCUGGCCACUGGGUUCAGCAGACACAACAAAACAACAACAGACCCUAAACAAACAUACUGGGGCAUUUUCAAUAAAACUGCACCGGCUGUCAGGAUAUCAGGCGACUCGCUGUACAACCAGGUGGCCAUUUUAUCUGGUGAAGCGGAUGAAGAACAAUGUGAGAAAAGUUCACCUGAGCCAUGUGACGACACUCUGAAACCAGAUCCGAAGGUGAACUUCGUGACUCUGAUCGUCCUUGGCCUCAGGCUGCUCUUCCUCAAGACCAUUGCCUUCAACGUGCUGUUGACUCUACGGCUGUGGAUCAGUCAGUAAACUCCGCAGACCUUCAGCAGAAAAAGAUGACGGAUUCACACAACGACUUCCUGAUCAAGUGAAUGAAACGUCGCUCGGCUUCAUUUCUGCUUUCAUCGCCGUCUCAUCCUCUCUUUCAUGUUUAAUAACUUGUGUAAAUCACAUCAGCUGUUGAUCUGUUUACGACAGCGUCCUGUAAAACAUGUCCUCUUCAUUCCUGUCUGUGAGUGAUGUUGCUUUAUAUCCUGCUGAUGUAAAUAUCACAUUUUCUUUUGAUUUAACAGACUGAUUGUUUUGCUUUUUUAUAAAACUGUUCGGUGUGAUAUUUCCUGUGUGAUGCUGUUAAAAUAAAGACAGUUAAGAAAACAACAGA